UCUCCACAGAAAUAUGUUGCAAAACAAGGACUGAUUUCAUAGUGACAUCACUUCAGGCUUUGUCCAGCAGCAUCUUCUCACUCCACUCUCAUGUAACAACCACAGUUCGUGGCUGAUCCUUGUGCCUGGUUAUGCCGCUGCAGGUCCUCCUCUGAUACGGGUCCGUCUCGUCAGAAGCCUUAAAACUAAACAGCGCACUAAUGUAGUUUAGACAAAUUCACCAUCUUUAUCACUAGUAGAAACGCGUACACGUCGUGCUGCGCAGUUAUUCAGAAAGGUUUAGGACAGAAGAUGGUGGCUGUACGCAGACAGUGCGCUGUGCGGGAGGAGGAUGUACUAAGCGCCGACAAAGAGGGGAAUUGCGACGAAACCGAACCGAAGUCUACAAAUUACAAAGGAGACGACGUGCAAGGGAUUGUCUGGAGAAAUGUUAUUCUUAUGAUCCUCCUUCAUUCUGCGUCCAUAUAUUCCCUCUUUUUGAUUCCAGUGGCACGACCUCUUACCCUGGCGUGGUCAUACGUAUACUUCUUAAUCACGGCCUUAGGAGUGACUGCAGGGGCCCACCGGUUAUGGAGCCACAGGUCCUACAAGGCAAAGCUACCCCUCAGGGUCUUCUUGGUUGCUGCCAACUGCAUGGCCUUCCAGAAUGACAUUUUCGAAUGGUCGCGAGAUCACAGGGUGCAUCACAAGUACUCAGAGACAAACGCUGAUCCCCACAACGCCAGGCGGGGCUUCUUCUUCGCUCACAUUGGCUGGCUGUUUGUCCGGAAGCACCGAGAUGUCAUCGAGAAGGGCAGGAAGCUGGACACCAGCGAUCUCUUGGCCGACCCUGUGGUGGUGUUUCAGAGGAGAUACUAUAAAACUUUAGUCCUAGUGAUGUGUUUCCUGGUGCCCACCCUGGUCCCAUGGUACUUUUGGGGAGAGAGCUUGUGGAACUCCUACUUCCUGGCGUCCAUCCUGCGCUACACUGUCUCCCUCAACGUCACCUGGCUGGUAAACAGCGCCGCCCACAUGUAUGGAAACCGGCCCUAUGAUAUAACUAUAAACCCCCGUGAAAACAGCUUUGUCACGCUUGGAGCCAUUGGUGAGGGUUUUCACAACUUCCACCACACCUUCCCAUUUGACUACUCUGCCAGCGAGUUUGGCUUCCGCUUCAACCCCACCACCUGCUUCAUAAACCUGAUGUGCUGGCUCGGCCUGGCCAGCGACUGCAAGAAGGCCUCGGCCGAGAUGGUCCAGGCCCGCAAAUGCAGGACAGGCGAAGGAACCUCAUGAGGAGCCACUCAUAUCUGAGAAUGAAGUCCACUCUCACCGAUGAUAGGGGCUGCAAACUCUCUUGACACAUGCAAGGGGCUAAGAUGUUUAGAUUCUGUUUCAUUAUUUUCAGUGUGUUAAUCAAUUUUUUCCAACUUUUCUCUCCAGUUGUCAGUUGUUUCCAUUUGUCAAAGUCAAGGAUGUAUAGAACAUGGCUUCAGUUGAAUCUCAACCGUAUUCCAGUCACGUUUAGUUGAGAAUUAAUCUAUUGAGUAAAGGUUAUAUCUAACUGUUUUAUCUAUAGAUGAAAAUGGGGGGAAAGUGCAAAUAAAUACAUUCCUAUAGUGUGCCUCUGUGAAGUCUUCACAGAUGGGUUCAUCAACAAUAUUGAAAACAACCUAGGGAUAGUUUAAAAUGGGGCAGAGCAUCACAGAGACGGAACCUGUAGAGCAGAUGGAAUAUAUGGGACACAUAAGAAGACAUUUCACUGAAGGAUAACACACAACAACAGAGAGAUGUAGCUCCAAUAGUGCAGGUUUUCCAUAGAUUUCACCAGGGUUAAAAAAAAAAAAACAUCCUGUAUGUUAAAGUAUGCAUAGUUUAACAUUUCUAGAUACACAAAUUUAGAGAUAGACAAAUGUACCUCAUAUGAGAAAAAAAAGUAUGUUGUAACAAACUUGUGUAAAUUAACUCCUAAUGGAAGAGCCCCAUUCUCCUAGCAAAAAAAUAAUUAGGAGGCUUACCAAUUGGCCUACUCCGAGUUAACUUAACCAGGUUUGUCACUAAACCACAUACUUGGAAUACCCCCUGGCAGAAUGGCCACCACAUAAUAACAAAAUUGUGCGUUUUCCUAUUUGUUGAAUCGUGUCACAUCUGCUGUCAAAUUAGGUAAGUGUAGCCUACUGCAGCGUCAGUGGCAGGAGCAGAGCUUGCCUUUCCUGCUGAUGGGCACAAAUGAUCAGUCAGUGGAACAGUGGGUGUUCUAUUUGCACACACACCUUCCUGUCCCUGAUCCUGUCCUGGCCCUGAUUGAACAAAAACAUGUUUGUGCACUGAAGUAGGGAAUUUGUACACCACAAGUGUCCUAAUUGAGCCAUGUUUAUUUAAGUUUGUUUGGUGGGAGAUGAAAUCAAUGAUCCACUAAUUUAAAGUUAGAGAAUGAUAUGGAAUGAAAUUUUCUAGAAGCCUACAUUUAUUGGACUGCUAUGGUUGGAUAUUUAUAUAUUUAUACUCUAUCAACAGUCAUUUAGGAGUGUCACUGAGCAUGACUGGAAGCCAUGAAUGAAACAUUUUGGCCUUGAGACAGGAUUCAUUGUUAAUGCUGUCACGCAAAUAAAUUACUUUUAAUUUCAUUGAAUCAAAACCUCAGAAGCUGGAAGGUGUUGCAGCAAAAAAAAGAAUCAUUCACCACCAGCACAAUAAGAUAAGAGCAACGGACUUAAUUCAUGCCAUAGGUCAGCUUGACAAUGACCCUUACCCUUAAGUAGUAAACCUGCUUAAUCUCACCAUAGGGUUACAAAUUUGCCUUAGCAUUGUGAGUGAUGACUGAUUUCAACGUGCAGUGUUUGAUCACUUAGCAAUCAACUGUUCAUAGAUGUUGUUAAGUGUUAAUGUGUUCUGAUAUUUCCUGUACUACAUGUGAAUUUACUUUUGCAUUGACAUUUUUGAGAAAGCUUUUACGCACCUACAGUUUUCACUCGUUUUCACUCCACAAUGACUUGAUUAAGGAAUGUAUGGUUAUUUGACUUGUUUUUCUCCAGAAGCAAAGAUUUCUACCUCCCUCUGACAUACAGAAAAGGCCACAUGUGCAACUCAGGGUUACUGGGUUUGUUAGGGGUUGUAACUUAACCACACUGUCAAUCAAGGUCAAACAAUAAAUGUGAUGUUAAAGUGG